AGGGUGCCCAAAUCUACCCCGCCCCCAUGCAUUUGAGUGACUUAAGGACCCCUGAUGUCUUCCCCCUUUCCUCCCCACCCCUCAGUGAGUCAGAAUGAGCGCAGCCACUGCCCCACACAGACGGUGAAGAAGCUUUUGGAAGAACGGAGGCGCCGCCAGCAGCAGCCUGAUACCGGUGGGGUGCAGGGACAGUUCUCGGCUCCCUUGUCCCAGCCCCUGACCCCAUCUGUGAAUGAGACUGAUCCUGGCCAUCCUCACUUCCUAGCACACCAGGAGACUGUGGGUUCUGGAUUUGGCAACCUGGCCCCCUCUAUGGGCGUUUCAGACUGGGACCCCAACACGCAUACUGCCUACACAGACAGUCCCUACUCUUACCCUGCUUCUGCUGCUGAAGGUUUCCCGACUCCUGACUUCUACUCACCCUCGGACCCAGGGCGGCUGUGUCCAUUACCCCUGGGGAUGGAGGAGGCCCCGGACACUCAGCUCUAUACAGACCCUCCCUUGUCACAAGCUGGAUCCUGGAGAGUUUCUGGGCUCCCCUCAGGACCUCCACAGUUGCCCCCUGCAGUCACUGGGCCAUCUCUGGAUGCAGCCCGAGCUCACAUGCUGGCUUUGGGGCCACAACAGCUGCUGGCCCAGGAUGAGGAGGGGGACACGCUCCUGCACCUGUUUGCAGCUCGAGGUCUGCGCUGGGCAGCAUACGCUGCAGCUGAGGUGCUCCAGGUAUAUGGACAUCUGGACAUUCGUGAGCAUAAGGGCAAGACCCCUCUCCUGGUGGCUGCUGCUGCCAAUCAGCCCCUGAUUGUGCAGGAUCUUCUGAGCCUGGGAGCAGAACCCAAUGCCACUGACCAUCAGGGACGUUCUGUCUUGCAUGUGGCUGCUACCUAUGGGCUCCCGGGAGUCCUCUCGGCUGUAUUUAACUCAGGGAUUCAGGUUGACCUUGAAGCCAGAGACUUUGAGGGCCUCACCCCACUUCACACAGCUAUCCUGGCUCUCAAUGUUGCUAUGCGUCCACCUGACCUCUGUUCUCGGAUGCUGAGUACUCAAGCCCAAGAUAGGCUGACUUGUGUCAAGAUGUUGCUAUACAUGGGUGCCGAUCACACUAGCCAGGAGAUCAAGAGCAACAAGACAGUCCUGCACUUGGCCGUGCAGGCUGCCAACCCUACCGUGGUUCAGCUGCUGCUGGAUCUGCCACGAGGAGACCUGCGGGCCUUUGUCAACAUGAAGGCCCAUGGGAACACAGCCCUCCACAUGGCAGCUGCCCUGCCCCCUGGGCCACCCCAAGAGGCCAUCGUGCGUCGCCUGUUGGCAGCUGGGGCAGACCCGACACUGCGCAACCUAGAGAAUGAGCAGCCUGUGCACCUGCUAAGGCCCGGGCCGGGCCCCGAGGGGCUCCGGCAGCUAUUGAAGAGGAGCCGUGUGGCGCCCCCAGGCCUGUCCUCUUAGGACUCAAACCCAGAACCUGGACUGAUUUUUCCAGUCCCCACCGUCCUGUGGGACAGCCAGCGUAUGCUAAUGUGCAAAACCAUGAUAAUGUAUGUAGAAUAUCCUGCCAUUAGGGUCUUACAUUAAAACCCCAAAAUGGCUGCUGAAGGGUGAACAGUCCCCAAUAUUUGGGAUGAUGUGACACACCUCCCCCACCUACAAGGAGCCCUUUUUAUGAUUUCUGUGAAAUCAAGGCUCCUUGAUUGUUUUUGUAAAACACCCUGAGCCCUUCACCUUGUCCUCACUGGGACCUGUUGGGGUUCUCUCCCCCAACUGAAUUCUUCAUAUCUAGAAAUCCAGAUGUAAUCCCCUACGUGGUACUUGGGGAUCCCAAUACCAUCCUAGCAGGGCUUCUAAGAUAGUCCUUAACCUUCCCCAGGACUCCCUGGGUCCUAACCCAGAUACAUAAGAAGGAACCCCUGGAUUAGAGUUUCUGCUUUCAUAUUCAGAACUCAACUGGGCCCUGUCCCAGAUCUCAGCAUUCACAGUGAAGCCUUCCCCUAGUCUCAGC